AAAAGUUUAUCUGGUAACUAGUCUAUUAGAUCCAAGUAGCAAGUUUUAAUGGUAAAAAUCCAAAUUGUUCUAUGAUAAUCGUUAAUUUCGGACUUAAAACCAACAACCAACAUUCCGAACCAGUCCAGCAGUUGUAGAUGCAUUUGACGAUUCAAAAAAUAAAAUAUAUUUUUAUUGAUUUGCUCACUUGGUAAAUCUUAAAUCCUGGAAGCCCUUAGGCAAUAAUUAUGCAGAAGCAUUUGCAGAAGUUUGCUGGUUUUCUUUUCAAUGCGAAUAAAAUUAUUAAGAAAAAAUGAAGAUGUCUAUCAAAUCCUGAAUUUGUCUAAAAAUUUUGUCAAUUUCACAAAUUAGCCAGUCCAGCAAAGUUCAGUGUUCGAAAUUGAAAUGUAAGUACCUAGUAAGUAGAAAAAGAAUAGUGAAACUAUAAAAAAUCGAAAAAUUUAAUUUUGUGUGGAGGUAUCAACCACAAUGACCUUGCACAAAUCUCGUUCAAAGGACACGUUACAUCACAUCCUAUCCUCGUUCAGGCAAUUUGAGAAAAAGCUUGACAAACUCCAAGAUGACGUCAGCUACCACGGUCAGACCCUCGCCGACCUUAGCGUGAUGAUCGCCAAUCUUUCAGGCGGUACAUUGUACGAUGCGAAGGCUAACCACGAUAAGGGUGUGAGUAAAACCACAGCAAUGGAUAGCUUCCACUUCGAUGAAUCCGUAAAGCCCAAACGAAAAUCUUUACAGCCUUUGCAUCUACCUUCUAAAGUGGCAACAAAAAGUUUUCAAGAUCAGAACCAGAAGUAUGGAAUCAAACCAUCUAAAGAACCAGAACAUUUUUGCAAAAUGGCAUCUGUUCCUAAAACCUCUAUAGGAGCUAAACGCGUUCAAAGACCGAAAAAAGGUGAGGCUCCUAGAAAAGCGAAUCCUUUAAGAUCUAAGAAAGCUUCCGCAAAAAAGUCGAAAAGCCCAACACGAAAUUCGGACCAUCCAAGUCAAUUUAGACGUCCAUUAUUUUGAUCACCAGUUCUUAUAGGUACCAAUUAGAAAAUUGUACAGCUAAGUAUUUCUUGAAAGUUACUAAGUACUAGGUUCACCAAAAAAAUGUACUUAAAUAAAAAUUCAAAUGUA